UGGUAAAAAGAAAGAAGAGGAAGCGCAAAAACGAAAAUCAUUCUCAAUUCGCUGCUUGUGUUUUUGUUUCGAAUCGUAAUUAUUGUGUAAAAAAAUGGCUACAGUUGAGACACUCUACAAGGAACUGACCGUUGAGUGGGCAAAGCGGCCGCCAAAUACGCCCAAAUGUGGCCAGUUGCUGGAUCAGCUGAAAGUGGCGCUGGUCAAGUUGAGUUUUCUGCCCACCGACGGCGCCGAUGCCCUCAACUCCAAGAAGCAGUUGUUGUUGGCGCGUUCCGUGCUGGAGAUUGCCGUGGAGCACAGUGUGCUCAGCAAGGAUCUGCUUGCAUUCGAGCGCUACAUGUCACAGCUGAAAUGCUACUACUACGAUUAUGCGAGAAUCAUCGGUGAAUCGGACAACAAGUAUAAAUUGCUGGGACUUAAUCUCUUGUAUCUGCUUUCUGGGAAUCGUGUCUCUGAUUUUCACACCGAACUCGAGCUACUCUCGGUGGACAUAAUACAAAACAAUCAGUACAUUAAGCCGAUUCUGGCGCUGGAACAAUAUAUCAUGGAGGGACGCUACAACAAAAUCUUCCAGGCCAAAUCCUCAAUGCCCGCCGAGGUCUACAAUUAUUUCAUGGAUCUGCUCGUGGAAACUGUGCGCGAUGAAAUCGGUGCCUGCAUUGAAAUGUCCUACGAAAAGAUAUCGGCUAAAGAAGCCGCCAAACGUCUGAAUUUGAAUGUACCCAACGAGAUCAAGGCAUUUGGCGAGAAGCGACAAUGGAAACUGGAGGGCAAUGGAAACUAUAGUUUUACAGAUCGCAGCAUUAAACCGAAGGAACUGCUGCCAUCUGAGGAGCUGGCCGAACAGGUGUUGAGCUAUGCCCGCGAUCUGGAGAUGAUAGUUUAAGUGCUAAUCAUUGUAAUUCUAAUAAAUAAUAAAGUAAAUCAACAAUAGUUUGUGGAAA